CUGCCAUUCAUAUUCAGUUCAGUUCAGUCCAGUCCAUCGUGUAUUUUAGCCAGCAGAAAAACUUUGCGUGCACAUCGUACGAAAAAAAUAUAAAAAAUGUCAACUCUAAAGUGCUAUCAAGAUGAGGAGCGCGAAUCGCAAUACGGCCGCGUUUACGCCGUUUCCGGUCCCGUUGUUACUGCGGAACGCAUGUCCGGAUCGGCUAUGUACGAGUUGGUGCGUGUGGGUUACUAUGAAUUGGUUGGCGAAAUUAUUCGCUUAGAGGGCGAUAUGGCCACCAUUCAAGUGUAUGAAGAAACUUCCGGCGUAACUGUGGGCGAUCCAGUUUUGCGUACCGGCAAACCCUUGUCUGUAGAAUUGGGUCCUGGCAUUUUGGGCAGCAUUUUCGAUGGUAUCCAACGUCCACUCAAGGAUAUUGGCGAAAGCAGUGGCUCCAUCUACAUACCGAAGGGUGUUAAUAUUCCUGCGCUAUCGCGCACCCAAGCUUGGGAAUUCAAUCCAACAAACGUGCGUGUCGGCUCGCAUAUAACCGGUGGUGAUCUAUACGGUCUUGUUCACGAGAAUACACUGGUAAAACAUCGUUUAAUCGUUGGCCCACGCUGCAAGGGCACAGUGCGUUAUAUGGCGCCAGCUGGCAAUUACACUGUAGAGGAUGUGAUUUUGGAAACGGAAUUCGAUGGUGAAAUCACCAAACACACAAUGUUACAGGUGUGGCCUGUGCGUCAACCACGUCCGUGCACUGAGAAGCUGCCCGCAAAUCAUCCAUUGUUCACUGGCCAACGUGUAUUAGAUUCACUAUUCCCUUGCGUACAAGGUGGCACCACAGCUAUACCAGGUGCUUUUGGUUGUGGCAAAACUGUAAUCUCACAGGCACUUUCUAAAUACUCCAAUUCCGAUGUCAUUAUUUACGUUGGUUGCGGUGAACGUGGCAACGAGAUGUCUGAAGUACUGCGUGAUUUCCCCGAACUAACUUGUGAGAUUGAUGGUGUAAUUGAGUCCAUCAUGAAGCGUACCGCUCUGGUCGCCAAUACUUCCAACAUGCCUGUGGCGGCGCGUGAAGCCUCCAUUUAUACGGGCAUUACACUCUCCGAAUAUUUCCGUGAUAUGGGCUACAAUGUUGCCAUGAUGGCUGAUUCCACCUCGCGUUGGGCUGAAGCGCUUCGUGAAAUUUCCGGCCGUUUGGCUGAAAUGCCAGCCGAUUCUGGUUAUCCAGCCUACUUGGGUGCACGUCUAGCUUCCUUUUACGAGCGUGCAGGACGCGUCAAAUGCUUAGGUAAUCCCGAACGCGAAGGUUCGGUAUCCAUUGUCGGUGCUGUAUCACCACCUGGUGGCGAUUUCUCCGAUCCCGUCACUUCUGCCACUUUGGGCAUUGUACAAGUGUUCUGGGGCUUGGACAAGAAAUUAGCACAACGCAAACACUUUCCCUCAAUCAAUUGGUUGAUUUCAUAUUCGAAGUAUAUGCGCGCCCUAGAUGAAUACUACGAUAAGAAUUUCCCCGAAUUUGUACCACUUCGCACAAAAGUUAAAGAAAUUCUGCAAGAGGAAGAGGACUUGUCGGAAAUUGUGCAGUUGGUUGGUAAAGCAUCAUUAGCGGAAACGGAUAAAAUUACAUUGGAAGUAGCCAAACUUGUCAAAGAUGACUUUCUACAACAAAACUCCUACUCGCCAUAUGAUCGUGUGUGUCCAUUUUACAAAACAGUGGGUAUGCUAAGAAAUAUGUUGGCCUUCUACGAACUCGCUCGCCAUGCUGUGGAGUCCACUGCCCAAUCAGAUAACAAGAUCACAUGGAAUGUUAUACGUGAUGCGAUGGGCAAUAUUCUAUACCAGCUUUCGUCGAUGAAAUUCAAGGAUCCAGUUAAAGAUGGCGAGGCGAAAAUCAAAGCAGAUUAUGAGCAACUUCACGAAGAUUUACAGCAAGCUUUUAGGAAUCUCGAAGACUAAGGCUAGAGCAGCGGAUGGCAAGUUUAAACACACAAUUACAUACAUCCAAUGCCAAGUAAUAUAAAAGUAAUGAAUUUCUGUUUAAGCAAACCAUCGAAUUAUUUAAUUUAUCCAUUUAUCAUAUAACUGAUAUAUUUCAAGCUAGUCAUUUCAGCUAGUCAUUUACGUAUUAUCGUAAUAUUUAUGAGAGUAAACUUAGGAUCAGUUUAAAACAAAAUAUACAAAAAAUAGUAUUCACCAUUAAUUUACCUCUUAAUGUCCUAUAAGCAAAUGUUAAUAUAACUUAAACAGCAUAACGGAAGGCAUGGUGAGAGCGGAGCAUAAUCACCUAUGAAAGACGAACAAUAACUAGUGGGUAAUGAAUAUCAAAUGUAUAAGCAAACGAACCAAAGAAACUUCAACUAUAGAUAUACUUGUAUGUAUGCAUAUGAAAAAUAUAUAUUUGCGCAAAGAAAAGUUAAAUAAAUAAACCAAAUAAAUGCAAACUAAUUGUUAUAUUUCCAAAAUACAAUACAAUUGACAUAAUGUUUCUACAUUCAUUAUUUUCAUCUUGUUAAUCAAUCAAAAUAAUUUCGAAAAAAAAAAUUAUUGUAUCGUUUGUUAUAUGUAAAUAUUUAGACCUACUGGACGCAUAAAUCGUCAUUUAAUAUUUUAAAGUGCAAACAAUAUAAUAUCCUUUGCAGUUCACUAUUUUAAGUUAUUUAUUUAUUGUAAAAUAAAUCAAGUUACAUAGAGAUUAUUAAAAAAUAUCUAUAUGUAUUAUUCAUGUUAUUAAAUAAAAAAAAAUAUCUAGUCAUUUUUGGAGCUAUUAAUUUAAGUAAAGAGAGCGGAUGAGAGAUGAGCACUCUAGCGGCAUUCACCAACAAAUUAUGGGAGAAUAGUCUAUGUGCUACAUAGACAAUAACAAUUUAUAUAUUAAAUGGGUAUUCGUUCAUCGUUUUAUUAUAUUUUGGCGUUUUGAAGAUUAAUUAUUUUAAGAAGGAGCCAAGUACAGGGAGACAAGUACAGUUUAACGUUAAAUCAAAAUUAAAAUAAACUGGAAUUUUAUGGCGCCAUUUAAAUAAUAGUGCAAAAAGAAUAAUUUUAAUUAAUUUUAAGAAGGAGCCGAGCACAAGGAGACAAGUACAGUUUGAUGUUAAAAUAAAGUUAAAAUAAACUGGAACUUUAUCGCGCCAUUUAAAAAAUAGUCCAAAAAAGGGGUGAACCUCCUUCUGUUGCUUGUGUUGCUUUGUCUUAUUGUAGUAUAAA